AAUUGAACUCUCUUUUUUGUCUCUUUUAUUUUUGUUGGCCUUCAUUCUAUUUAUGUAACUACCUUUUGUUAAACAUAGCCAUUUUGGUUACUCUUUUUCCGUUUUCUCCUUUCUUCCUCUCCUUCCUUAAUUUUUCUUUCUCUGUCUUCCUAUGGUUUAAUUAGGACGUUAAUCUGAUUCCACUUCUCAUUUGCCUCAAAUUUCGUUUGUUUCUUUCCUUUGAUAUCGUCUAGGUUUUUGGUUUUUCUGAAUUGGGUUUACGUUAAUUUCUCUUGUAAUUAACUAAGGUUUCCUUUUUUCCCCUUCCAAAAUCCUGUAAAUUCAGAUUUGUUUUCUUUGGUAAACUUUUGUGAUUAAGAUCGAUCGAUACAUUGUUUCUCUCUUGCCUUUAGAGAUAUACAGAAAAAAAUAUCUUCAAUGGCACAACUCCCUCCUAAAAUCCCGAACAUGACGCCACAUUGGCCUGAUUUCUCUCCCCAAAAGCUCCCUCAUUUCUCCACCGCCACCGCUACAACCGCUUCAGCCGUUGCCGUACAAAACCCCUCAUGGGUCGACGAAUUCCUCGACUUCUCAGCGUCACGCCGCGGCAACCACCGUCGCUCAAUCAGCGACUCCAUCACUUUCCUCGAAGCUCCUGCCUUCACAGACCACGUCAGAAUCGAAAGCCACCACUUCGAUAAGUUCGACGACGAGCAAUUCAUGUCGAUGUUCACCGACGACAACGACUUAAAGAAUAAUAAUCUUUCCCAUAGAAACAACAACAACAACAAUGUGGGGCCCACCGGCUCUUCCUCGAAUACAUCGACGCCGUCCGAUCAUAACAUCAAAGAUAAUAACAACAACAGUAACGACGAAGUCCAGAGCCAAUGCAAGACGGAGCCAGAGGAUGGUACGGCAUCGAAUGAUAAUUCCGGUGAUAGCUCCGGCAACCGGAUUCUCGAUCCCAAAAGGGUUAAAAGAAUAUUAGCAAAUCGGCAAUCAGCACAGAGAUCAAGGGUGAGGAAACUGCAAUAUAUAUCAGAGCUCGAACGUAGCGUCACUUCAUUGCAGGCGGAAGUGUCAGUGUUGUCGCCAAGAGUUGCGUUCUUGGAUCACCAGCGCUUGCUUCUCAACGUUGACAACAGCGCUCUCAAGCAACGAAUCGCUGCUUUAGCCCAAGACAAGAUUUUUAAAGACGCACAUCAAGAAGGCUUGAAGAGGGAAAUAGAGAGACUUCGACAAGUGUAUCAACAACAAAGCCUCAAGAAAACAGAGAAUGCAAAUCAUUCAUCGGUGACAGGAGCCGGAGCUACUUCGGCCGUCGACAUCAAUCCGUCUAUUGAAAAAGAGCAGCUCCUCAAUGUCUGAUCACUCAUCACAAUCAGCAACGUAUACUCUCACUUUUUCUUGGCAAAAGUUCUUUACAAUAAAAUCUCUUUCGGUCAAGCAUUUUAGAAGAUGACCUCUUUUUUAUUCUUAUCACAUUUUGUUAAGUUGUGAUUUAUCUUUUUAUUUAAUUUUAUGUCGUUUUUUUUUCUGUGAUGUCAGCAAUAUUGUUGUUUGUACAAAGAACUAGUUGAUUUGUUACUCUGUUUUUUUCACGGGGAGUGUAUAUAAAAGAUCUGUAUACAAAUUAAGAUUGUUCUAAAAGUUGAUUAAUACAUUUCUUCUCGCAAA